ACAGUUCAGUCCAUGCGUCUCCUGGAAGUAGUUUAUGGAUGUGACUUAUUACUUUCCAACUACACACCCUUGCAAAGUUGUUUGUAUCUUUCUGUAGGUUGUUUUCAGUUGUAGUGUGUUGCUGCCUGGUGGCUCUCCAAAUCCUCCCAUCUGGACAGAGAUGAGUAGUCCCGAUGCGGGUUACGCCAGCGACGAUCAGACCCAGGCAAGGUGUACGAUGUCAGUCAUGAUGCCUGGAAUGGGACACUGCCAGUGGGCCGAUCCCCUCAGUCCUCUCGGGGAAACCAAAGUCAAAAACGAGCCGUGCACAUCCAGCUCCGGCAGCCAGAACCGCGGCAAGACCGAACCGCGGAUCCGGCGGCCCAUGAACGCGUUUAUGGUAUGGGCGAAGGAUGAGCGCAAGAGACUGGCGCAGCAAAAUCCGGACCUGCACAACGCAGAGCUGAGCAAAAUGCUGGGGAAAUCAUGGAAAGCCCUUCCUGUCACAGAGAAGCAGCCCUUUGUGGAGGAGGCCGAGCGGCUGCGGGUUCAGCACAUGCAGGACCACCCCAACUACAAGUACCGGCCUCGGCGGCGGAAGCAGGUGAAGAGGAUUAAGAGGCUGGACUCUGGCUUUCUUGUCCACAGCGUGUCCGAUCACCAGGGCCCGUCCAUGUCCGGGGACGGCAGGUUGUGCGUGGAAAGUCUGGGCCUGGGCUACCACGAGCACGGCUUCCAGCUUCCUCCGCAGCAGCUCAGCCACUACCGUGAUGCUCAGGCUCUUGGGGGCCCCUCUUAUGAAAGCUACAGCCUCCCUACGCCAGACACCUCUCCCCUGGACGCUGUGGAGUCAGACCUCAUGUUCUUCCCUUCACAUUCACAAGAGGACUGCCACAUGAUGCCUGCAUACGCUUACCACUCCCAGGCGGCAGAGUACCAGCCCCAGGACACUCACUCCAACCACCACAGCAACCCCAGCCAGCUCAGACACCACUCCUCAGCUCCAGAGCAGCCCCCUUCCUACAUGGGAUGCCCUAACCCUCUGGCCAUGUACUACACCCAGCACUGUAGUCCCAGCCAGCCCAAACGGCACCCCGGUGGGGCAGGGCAGCUCUCCCCACCUCCUGACUCGCACCCUCACCCAGCAGACAGCGUAGAGCAGAUGCAGCACUCCGAGCUGCUGGCCGAGGUGGACCGCAGCGAGUUCGAGCAGUAUUUGAGUUCCUCUUCGGCACGCGGGGACAUGCCAGGCUUGCCGUACGGGACACACGAGGCCGGCAUGCAAGGACCUGAAAGCCUCAUAUCAUCGGUGCUGUCAGACGCCAGCACAGCUGUGUAUUACUGUAGCUACAACAACUCCUAACCUCCUGCCCGGCCUGUUACCCUGCUGCAAGGACACUCGAUCUGACCUCAAAUCUAAAUUUGAACAAAUAUGUUUUUUAUUUUACUUGUCACUACUAGCCUGUCCUUCUAGGCCCAUGACUGAUGGUUUCUUUUAAAUGCCACAGAAAAACUGCUGUACUGUAUCUGUGUAAGAAUAAGCCAUAGAACAUUUCAAACACUGGUUUUAACUAUUUUUUUCUUCCUCUUGCAGGGAUAUUAAUUAAUUUUGUGAUAAUAAGUAUUGUACAUUCAAUAUUUUAAAGUUUAUGUAUAUACUGAAGGUGUUUUUAUACUUUUUUUUGCACUUUUGACAAAUAAAUUUCGCAAAUAGAA